GCCGCAUCGUAGGUACAAGAGGUAUUAUUCAAAAUGGCUGCGAGUUUUGUUUAGAGUGAGUUUUACGCGCUAGACGAAGACUUUUUGCAGCUGUUGGUGUGUGCGAAAUUCGGGAUAGAUAAUUGUCAUGAAAGUUCGCCCACCACUGGCUUUUUCGAGGCCUGCGCAGCUCUGGUUUUGCUAUGUCAGAGCAGUAUAGCAGCGACGAAGAUGCCUGCAUCUGCAAUGGAGAAGUGGGGUCCCGCAGCAGCCACAAGCGCAAGGAGGUCCACAAUGAGGUGGAAAGGAGGCGGAAAGACAAGAUCAACAUUGGCAUCCUGCGCCUUGGGGAGCUGCUACCCGACAAGGAUCCCAGGAAGCAGAGCAAAAAUGGGAUCCUUGAACGGGCAUCGGAAUACAUCACAUACUUGAAAGACUUGAAUGAGAAGCUGGUGAUGGACAAGGUUACGAACUUGGAAGCCGCUGUGUUUGCUGGUUUACGUAAGCAGAUCAGGGAUCUGGAGGAACUGAAUGCCAACUAUGCGAGGCUUCUUACCACAGCGGGUAUUCCCCUGACGAGUGGCCCCGAAGAGAUUUGGGACCACAAGCCAAAAAAAUAUUCCUUGAAACACCUUCCCGACAAGCAACGUGCCUUACUUGCCUGCACCGAGGUCAAGACAGUUCUUCAGCAGCAGCAACCUUGCCAACAUCAUGGCACGACAGUCGUGUCAUCACGGCCUGCUGCAGAGCCUCUCACUCCUAAAGCACCGCAGGCUGCCGUGGCACCAGCUGUACCACCAGCACCUCCUCCAGCAAGCUGUGCACGAGAAGCAAUGCCUGGGUGCACACUGGUGACUCAGGCACUUCCAUCAGCACCCGUCAUGUCCACAGCUCAACCAUCCGCUGUCACGGUGUUCCAGCAACAACACCCCCUGACUGCUGCAGCUACUGGAGUGGCCACGGGAACGGCAGGAGGGGUUGUCUCGCAGCCUAUCCUCAUGAUCAACGACCAGGGCGUCCCUGUGCUACAGAAUGUGGUGACCUUCCAGAACACUUCCAUCAUCCUCAAUCCGCAGGGGCAUGCAAUGGGAGCACGUACGCCGGGAUCGGUGGUCUCCUUCACGGGGCCUGACAUGCUGCCCCAAGUGCACUUGGCAACAGGGCAGAGCACCGAUGACUUUGCCCACUCUGCAGCAGCCCUUGGUGGCCUGAUGCAGUGCGACCCCAAGCUGAAGGAGGCUGCCAAGCUCUGUGGCGUCCAGCAAAAUGCAGCAACAUUCCUCUCGGGUGCAGGAAUGAUGAUGAACCAGCCCCUCCUCUCCCUUGGAACUGGAGCCACGAUGAUUGCUGGGCAGACAGCACCAGCACCGCAGGUCCCAUCGGCAUUCCUUCUUCCAUCCGGACAGAUCAUUCCUGUCGUGUCGCAGCCGCAAGUGGUCAGUGCACCUAUGCAAUCGGCACACCCUCUCGGGAGUCAAGUGGCAGCUAAUGUGGCAGCAGCAGUGAGUAGUUGUAGCACUUCUCUCGGGAAGGUGGUGCAGUGUGACGGUACACAGAGCUACAUGUGCAGGGAGCAUGCAUCUUCCGUUCAACACAAAACACUGGCGUCUACACCUUCAUCCGGUGGAACUGCAGUGGGUAAUUCCACAGCCCAGCCAGGAGGAAACUGCAGAAAGCAGCACCACACCUGCCCACAGCAUUCGUCGCCAUCUUCGUCAAAGUGCAUUGCUGUGCCAGACAGUUCGAGGACAAAGCCAGUAUGUUCCCACGCAGCAUCCAAACAACCGCUCUGCUCCAUCAGGCCCAAGCCGACUCCUCAGACCCCAGAUUCUAGUCAGGCUAAGCCUUCGUGCACGCGUAAGAGCGGUGGUGGCAAGAAAGUGUCAGCAUCAAAGACUUCCCCAGAGAUACCAGCCAAGAGGGCACGUGCAGAUGCACCACGGUCAGAUGAGGAGACUGCCUCACAUGCUUCCACCUGUUCAUCGACCACGGCUACCACCUCAGCCCAGAGCACGGAGGGUGUGAGCAGCACAAGCAACAAAGAAAUUUCACCACUUGCUGCAGACAUUCUUGCCCAAGCGACAGAGUCUAUCUUUUCGUGUGGUGGCAACGUGGAAGCAGCAGUCAACCAGGCCACACAGUCGAAAAACAAGAGUCCGAUGUCAGCAAACUCAAGUGACCAGGCUACCGCGCCUGCAGGUUCGAUUCCCGCCACUGUAGAGACUAACACAGGUGCACAAGCGUCAACCACAAUUACAGCAUCUUCUCCUCCCAGUACCUCAGUCGCUCUCGCUCAAAGUCACUGUUCGAGGGCUUCUGUGCUUGCAGAAGCAGUCUGUAGCAGUGAUACCGUCCCAGCCAACAGCACUGUUGAAGAAGCAUCCAAGAUUAAAGACAUUUUUCAGAAUGGAAGGCCAACAGAAAUCGAUGCAGAGACAACAUCUACUACUAGCCAAGUGUCAGCUGAAAAUGGUGCACAGUCAGCAUCUGCAAAGGAAGGGCAAGAUGACGUACAGGCAUCUGAUAAUGACCGUAACGAACUUCCUAGUCUCAGUUUACACUCCAUAGUGAUGGAGGAAAACAUUGAUAUAUCUCCGAGUGUCAGUUCAACAACCUUUACCGAAAGUUAUGUCUCAGUCAGUGCCAGCAGUAAUGGCCACAGCACGCCUCAAGGCUCCUCUAAGAUCCCUGACUGUGCCGCUUCCAUACUUUGCCAACUCACUCCACCCAGCAGCAAAGGCAGUGAAGAUAAUAGCAAAGCCUUUGUCUCAAGUACUGACAGUCUAGCAUCGGACCAGGAGUUGCCUCUAAUACUGAGUAUUCCUGAAGACGAUGGGCAUGGUUCUCUCAACAGCAACUCAAAUCCAGGUCUUUCUUUCCCAUCACUGUCGCCCGGGGAUCAGUUGGAACAUGAAUUGGGAAACAGCAAUGCUAAGACAGCAGAAAGCACGAGCAGCCUAUCGCAGUUUGUCCUCACUCCACCAACGCCACACCUUCCAGCCAGCACAGCACAGGUAUCAGUCACCUCGAGCACAAACAAAAAAAAGGAGUCAUCAGAGAGCAGCACGUACACCUAUGUUGCUUCUGAGAGCUUCCCAACACCACCAAGUCAUUCAGAGGAGUUGCACACCAUUGGGAACACAGGCAGCAGCAGCAGCAAGCAAGACUGCCACCAUGCCUCUCGAUCUCCACAACUUCAUAGCGCACCUCCCGUGAAGUUGCACACGGAGGCAUCGUGCCACAGUUUUGUUUCAAACGCACCGCCUACACUCCCAAUGCACAGCAGAGGAUUGCAGUUUUCAACAGCAUCUGCAGCGAGCACACCUGCUCAAGUGCACCACAUUUCAUUGCCUGGCUUUAGCACAGCUCAAGGAUUUGCUGCACCCAAGGAGCCCGAAUCUUUGCCCCUGCUGGACAACAGCAGCAAGCCGCCCCCUUCACCAUGUCGUAUGAUCCGUGACUCUGGACGUUGCUCGACACCAAGUAAGAGUCCAUCAACGCAGUUUCCAAUGUCCAUAAACCCCUACAUGACCACACCUUCCUUUCCGUUUCCACGACCCGAUCAGUACACACCUUGUACCAGGACACUAACUCCUCAAAGUAACACACCGAAUAGCAGUAACACUGCAUUGUCGUGUUAUUCUGCCGAGGCGUUGAUUGGGACUCAGAACUUCUUACCAUCUUCUUACCGGCUCACGCCCCCCUCGUGUGCCCAGGUGCCCACAACUCAGAGGUCAUCCUGUCAGCAGUCAUCGCGCCCUCAAAUCUCCUACUCUGCAGAAAGCCUUAUUCAGUCACAGGCUAGCAAUCCAAAGAAAGAUCUGCAAGCAAAUGCCAAGGAACCUAGCUUUUCAAACCAUCCCGGAUUUGUGAACAGGCUUCCUUCUUACCAGCCCCAGACUAGCACACAGCAUACUACAGGGCACUCGCAUCAGAGGCAGCUUCCAGCUAGCACAUCUCAACAGAUGCACUUGCCUAGCACAACUGUGUCAGUGGCAGCAGACAACCGGUCACAGGCAUUGCCUGUUUCAACGACCGUGCCUCCUCAGCCCACCUCAGUGCACAGCAGCUACACAGUACAGCUUAGCAACAACACGCAGCGCAGCUUGGCAACAACUCCAAGUCGGUACCCCAUCCACACGUACCACACUGCCAAGGAUGACUUCCCCAUGCUGCCCUCAGCACCAUUACACACUCCGCCUCUGCACACAAUGGCGCCACACAUGUCACAGUCUCCCUCGUCCCGCAGCCACCACGUGCAGCCCGAGACAGGCUCGAACCAGAACAUGUUUCAACACCAGAAUUACCCUUACCCAAAUUUUUCCCUGGGUCAUCGGAGCCCCAGUUUCGGUGCCUGCACUGCCUCACGGCCUGAAGUUCCAGCAACAAGUCGAGCACCAGCUAGCUGCCUUCAGGCAACGUCCCCCCGACAGUCUCACUUUGGAAUGCAGGUGCCUACAUCCCAGCAACAGGGCUGCCUGUUUCCAAGUGCCUCCUCGGCGUCCCUCCUGCCCUUGACGUCAGAGUUCGGUCCUCAGUGCUCUGGACCAUUGGCUCCACCUCCACCGCCAGUCUUUGGAAAUCUGUCGCAACACUGUGCGCAAGCGCCACAUCUGGUUAACAAUCUGAUCCCCGGCCCGUUUGCCACCGGUGGCAACACCAUAUGUGGUACCUCACUUCCUCCGCCAGGCGCGGAGAGUGAAAAGCAAGGCGGUCGCAGGGACAAACAAGGCAUGCACCUGAUGUCCGAGACCGGCUGUCCCGAUCCUGAAAAGCAGCAGUCUAAAUCAAAAUCCAAAAAGAGCAAGCCCUCAAAUACCUCAUCGCACACUGCUGUAAGCAGCAUACCAUACUUCCCAGAUUUCAGAAAUGAAUCUCAUAACCACGCGUUGAUAACGUUACCCCCGCCUCCAGCACCCUCACAAAAGCUACCUCACGCUCCUUCCCUUCCAUCGAUGUCCGUGUCGACAUCAUCGGCAUUGCCUUGGCCACAUCAUCAGCAGCAGCAGCACCAGCAGCUGCAGCAGACCCCGCAACCACCCCACACAAAGCCCAGCCACACCAGCACUGAUGUCGAGCGAAGUGCAAACAUCAGUAGCGCCGCUUACAACCCGCUCUUCAGACCUCAGUCCCAGCAGAACAGCAUCAAUCUGAACCUCAACGGGUCUUGUGCGCCAGCACCUCACUCCUCCUCUGCAGCUUCUUUCUCACACCACCACAGCCCCCUACAAAGAAACACGCAACACAGUAGUGCAUCAACAUCAUCAGUUGCAUCUGUAGUAUCCAUGACCAGCCCCAGCAUCUCAACAGCCACACAAGUGGCACCCUACUCAAACUGUGCAGUUGCACCGUCGCAGCAUGUCCCCAACUUCAACCUGAGCAACAUCUUUCCUGACAUUGGCUCGGGAGAGCAGGGCAGGGCUAGUGCAGCACCACCUCCACCGCCUCCAUCCACGCACUUUUAUCCCUCAAGCCGUGUGCUGCACAACUCAUUCAACCACAUUCUGCCACCUCCACCACCGCCAGCACCGCCACACAACAACUUUGUGCACUCGGGCCACCAUGCGCCUUCCUUCUCUAAUGUUAUCCCUCCACUCACCUUUCCUAUGCACGAACAUUAGACCUUCCUUGGCACCCCACAAAUAGGCAAGUUUGGGAAAGUGGUCUCUAAAACAAUGCACCAAUUCCCAGGUGGCUUUUCUGCAGCCUGCUGCUGCUCAUGACGACUGCAUUGAAAUGCACAUAUGUUGGUUGGUGCUCCUGUACUUACACUUCGUAGUUUUCAUUUUUCUGGUGAAGUUCUUGUUGUUCUGUUAGGUGUUUUUCGUGAUAUUUAUUCCUUGUGCUUGUCUGUUUUGUAGUGUGCUACUGCUCAUCUGGGCUUUUUAGCCUCUUGUUAAAAAGAAAAAAAACAGCGCCUGGUUUUUGCAUACUUGAUGUUCUAAUUCUAAAGUACAGCUCCUAACCUCUAAGGUUCAGAUGACAAAGUGAGUGUGUGUGUGUGUGAUGCUGAUUGGAAACUUGUGUCCCUGAAGUCACGUUCUUGAUCACAGAAAGCUGUUUACAUAUUGCUCAAUCGACCGCAACGUGAACCCGAGUUGGCUCUGCUCACUGUGUUUUUGUAAAGAUAUGAGACAGUUAUGUUGGACUUGAAGCAUUUCUUGCGCAUUGUGCAGUUUUUAUUGUGUUUUUAAUCGUUGUAGAUUUUACUGUGGGUCUGGUGAUAACAGCUAUACCAGGUCCCAGUGUGUUUAUGUUUAUAUAAUGAUGUUCGUAAAUGAAACUAAGAUAUAUUCACAGACAAUAUUUUCUGGCUAUAAAAGCAACGGCAUGAGGGUGAAGCUUGUGAACCUGUGUUACAGAAACAAAUAGUUUGGCUGAGUAUGGCGCCACUUUCAGCUUAUCCAAUUUCAUGUAGCUUGGUGACUUAAAAAAGUAGUUGCAGUUAAGUCAGCAUAAACAGUGCAAGAAAUUGGCUUUAUCUAUUUCAACAGUUAUUUUUUGCUGAAGUUUGGCAUAAAUUCAACAAGCUGAGUGGCAAGCCAGGACACAAUCGCAUUUUCUUUUUUUUUUUUUUUUUUUUUUUUAGAGAUGUGCAGAACCUGUCUGACGAUCACAUGGCAAAACUCAAAAAGAGCAGCUAAAAAAUAUUGUGAACAGGUGUUAGACUUCUCUUUAGAUAACAUGUAAUAGAUAAAAGAGACACAAUUUUUGUUUUUCACAUUGGAAAACACCGCUCAAAUUGCUGGACUAUUCUCCGCAGUGGUGCAAGGCAUUCAUUUUGGGUAGCCAGGAAGAGUUUCCGCAACUAUGCGGUAAAGUUUUUUUACCUAUGGUUGCUUAUACAGUAAAACAGAAAAUGGCAGCUGAAACCUAGAUUUGACACCAUAAUUGUUACUUUUCUGUCAUCUUGAUUUGUGAUGAUGAGUAUUACAGAUGCUAAACUGGCAAGCCAAUUUAGGCAGGCCGUGUGCCUGCUAUGUACAUAGGUAACCUUUCUUGCAUGCUGUAACCAUCAAUCUGCUUCUGUUUUCUUAUACAUUAUUUAAUUGUGUCUCACCAUAUAUGGCUGCUUUCUCAAUUAGUCACAUUGAAGGACCUUUCCCACGGCGCAUCAUCCAUUGCAGCGUGUCACAGUCGCUGGCAGAACUGGAAUUUUUUCUUUUGUUGCGAAAAUUCCACUUAAAAGAGCUGUGGCCUAGUUGUAGAGCGCCCGUCUUGGCUGCGGGAGGUGGUGGGUUCGCCGGGCACCCGCUGGUUCAAGUGGGCACAAGUGUACCCUGGCCUGGCGUUCAGCUUUCUUCAGGGGUGAUACGCUUGGGAAAGGAGGCUGUGCCCUAAAUUCCCAUCGAAACCAUCGUGAGCACAAAAAAAAAGAAGAUUUGGACCACUCCCAUUUAAAUUUCCACCAAAAUCUAAUGCGAACAAAGGACAAGACACGAGAGCAGCAGUCUCAACCAGAGCAGCCCAGGCAAUCUCGAGCUCGCGCCUCUCUGACGUUGUGGCUGCAGCGUUGGGCAUUUCUCUUCACUACAGAGCAUUCAAAGUUCGCUGGUGUCUGCCAAAGAUUUUUGCAAGACCACUAGGAAAAAUUUCUAUAAGGAGUGAAAUUUAAUGUAGUCAAAUGCCAUAUAACAAACCUCUGUUAAGCAAACUGUGUGGUAUGACGAAAAUUUUUUAGAGCGCAGCUCUGAGGUGCUUGUUUCUGCGGCGAGCGUCAGCGUCCUUGGCAUAACCGAGCGAACGAGCACAGCGAAGGAUGAAAGAGCGAACGCAGAGAGCAGUGGGGGAUGAAAGACAGCAAUAGCGAAGAGAGCACAAGGAGGAAAGCGGAGGAGGAGGGUGCAGCGAAACCGUGAAGCGGAAAGCAGAGGAGCAGGGUAUGGCGAAAGCAUGACGAGAUAAGCGUAGUGCUGCGCAAGACGGGCUCUGCAGUGACAAUGGCUGCAAGAUGGCGCCACAGUAGCGUGCGUUGUCUGUUCACCGAUGACUCCAACGAUACCAUGUAUGGAAACAAAGCACUGCAUGAGCGGAGGUCUGUCUGUGGCAGCUGCUGUGAACCGCGCCCAUGCGCCGCCUGUGCGCUCCCUCUCGCGAUCUCCCGAUUAGUGAGGUAGUCGCGCCACGCUUCGCUGCGUUUGCAAUGUGCCGCACGAGAUAGAUUGUCCGCGUCGGCCACUAUAUCACGAAAUGAAAGCACGUAUAGAGCUGCGCUCGAAUUUCGCAUUAGGGAGUAUCGUUAUUGUCGGUAUUUUUUUUUUCUUUUCAAAUCUGAAUUUCAUAGAACAUAAUGUAUGCUUUCCUACACUUUAGCAAUGCAACAUGGCUCUGCAGCCUCGUCCAUGCGCAUCAUGUGCACUUAACUGGAGCCUCUGUGACAAGCAAAAGAAAAGAAAGGCAUUGCACAAUGGUAAAUUCAUCAUUUGCACACGUCCUUUCAUGCUUGCAAAUGUUGCUGUUAAGCACCAAAAACACCGUUUAGCAGAGAAUGAAAUCCGCCACUAUGCCAUCUAUUGUGCUGUAAUAGCAACAGAGCUGGGCUUGCCCCAUUCAUGCUUGCGGUCUUGUCGAAAUGCUCCUGAAACUCGCCAGCUGCCAGUCCGAACAGGAAAACGCCAACCAGGAGUGUGCCUUGGCAAUGAUGAAAGGAAUGCUUAUUGUCUCGGUGUCAUUGCACUUUGUUUUUGUUAUCGCAAACGAUGUCCCAGUGAUCUUGUAUUUGUCACUCACUACACCUAGCCUAGCAAGGAAACAAGAAUUCGGGAUCGCCAGUCAGCCUCUAGAGUCUGUAAGAGUACGUUUAUCUAGGCCAAUUAAUCACAGGGGACCCUGAUCAUGAGAAGGAAAUUUACAGAAGAAUAAAAUUGCGUUGGACUGCAACGGUAGGCAUUACCAAAUCUUGAAUGGGAGCUUACCACUGUCAUUGAAAAGAAAAGUGUACAAUCAUUGCAUUCUACCGGUGCUAACAUAUGGGGCAGAAACUUGGAAGCUAACAAAAAAUCUCGAGAACAAGUUAAAGACCGCACAAAAGAGCGAUGGAACGAAAAAUGGCAGGCCUAACGUUAAGAGACGGGAAGAGAGCAGUGUGGAUCAAAGAGCAAACGGGGACAGCAGAUAUUCUAGUUGACAUUAGGAGAAAGAAAUGGAGCUGGGCAGGCCAUGUAAUGCGUAGAAUGGAUAACCGGUGGACCAUUAGAGUUACAGAAUGGAUACCAAGAGAAGGAAAGCGUAGUCGAGGACGGCAGAAAACUAGGUGGGGUGAUGAAGUUAGGAAAUUUGCGGGCGCGAAUUGGAAUCGGCUAACACAAGACAGGGGUAAUUUGAGAUCGCAGGGAGAGGCCUUCGUCCUGCAGUGGACAUAAAUAUAGGCUGAUGAUGAUGACACCUUGUAAAGGAGAAGAUGGAGCAGCAUUGGCAGGCUACGUUGAUAAUGAUAUGCCUAAAGGCAUGGCUCCAUAUAACAUGACCGCUAGAAGUAGGGAGAACCUGUGUGAAAAUCUUUGCUUUCAAUGUAAUCUCUACCUCACAUGCAAGUGCUUUUUACCCAUAAUUAACGGUUGUUUAUUGAGCAAUUCUGUUCAUAAAUGCUUACUGACAACAUGCUAUCCUCCAGGACUGUUCAGGAACUUGUGGAAUUUAACACAGUUUCUCACUACAAAUACAGCUUUGUUACAUCGAGGUUCGACUAAAUAGCACACAUCCAGUCCUGUCUAACACAAGUAUCAUUUGCAUAUUACCAUCAUAGCAGAAUCCCAAAUGCUAGAAAUAAAUGCACAUCUAAGGCACGUAAAUAUCCUACACUGUUGGAAUUGAAGCAUAGAUAGUAAAAUGCUGAUUAACACAUUUAGAAAGUGCUCUAUGUUACGCGAAAUUAAAUUUGCCUAAAACGUUCUAGAAUCUGGUACUUUGUCCCAGUGUUUGCAUUAAUAAGAACAGGAACUGGGAAUUGGUGCUACAUUUUUUUUUUUUUUUUUUAUGCUAGAAGGGUUAAGCUAAGCAAUGUCCAAGAUCUGAUAGAAUCUCUCAAGUAUUCUUGCAAUUCCAUUAAAUAUCUAAUAUUACUAAAGGUAGGUUUGUGUUACUAAACGAACUUAUCUGCUAGAGCUAGUUGAAAAUCCAGUGAAAUGGAAGAAGUGGAUUAGUGAGGGGUAUUUAAUCAUGUCAUAAUGCUUGUGUUGUCAAGUUUGUCAGUGCACAUGGAAAGGCUGAGAAGGAGGUGAAGUUCUAAAAAAAAAAAAUUUAUUUGAGCUUGCAACUGUCCCGUGUCAACUCUGAACAAAUACCCUCCCUUCGGAAGCAUUGUUGUAGUCCUAGCGGCGACAAUGCUGAGGUGAAAUGUAUCGCGCAAACAUCUGUUGUCUGAAAUUAUUGUACUGCCUCUUGCAUGGACAGGAGCAGCUGUUUGUUGUCUCUGAUUUGAAGGUUGUUAGUGAAAGAAGGUGCUUGUCAUUGUGAUGAACGCAAAUGAUCCUCCCUCCAACUUCUUACCGGUUCUCAAAAACCCGCGUGGUUCUUUAACUAUAGAGCCUCAGGUUGAGGUUCAAGACGGUGCAAAAGCAAAUGCAUGUCAACUUCUGUCGUUACAUGUAAAGGCCUGUACGUCUAGUCAGCAGCACACCUCUCCAGCCGAUCGCACUUUGAUGUGUCAUUUGCAUUGUAGAUACCUUUGCGAGUCCUCAUUUGCAGCAUUGUCGGGUGGUGAAAUCAGCCGUGUUUUUAUGUAUAAAGGCCCAUCCAACGUCACCCUCUUGCCAUCACACUUGACUGUAAUACCCCUUCCAUGCAAGUUUUCUAAUGUAAGCUUGUUAUGCAGGAUGGAUGUACGUAGUUGUACACAGUAUAAUGUUUUGCACUAUUAGUGUAGGUUAUUACUGUUGAUAUUUCAUGAGGUGCACAACAGAGUAAGUGUACAGACCGGUCACUGUAAUUUAGAAGUUCAACUCACUCGGUGUACUGUGUUGUUUUUUCAUCUAUUGCAGUCGCUUUGCUCGACUUUGCAUGUAAAUAAGCUUGGUGUAAAAGUGUUUCUAUCAGCUUAGGAAGGUGAUGGUGCUGUACAUAUGUUGAACAACAUGCAUCAUGUGAACUGUUUGUUGUCAAGAAGCUGUUAGUGUAUCAUAUGCUCAAUCUCUUGUGCAUAGUGAAGAAAGAGGUGUAAGCACUUUUGUAAAUUACGUCAGGGCCCCCGUGUGAUUCUUUUGGUGUGUUUUUGCGUGGGACGCUAUGUUUCGGAACUGAUCAUUUGACGAAAACGAGUGCUUUGCAAUAAAGUUUACGUUUUAUUUUGCUAUUGUGUAUGAUAAUGUCUGAAUAAGACCCCUCUCUACCCAUGUACUUACUUCAUUAAAAUGUACAGACACAUUCUAGCCAUCAUGAAAUGAAUGUAUGUGAAGUGGGGGCCUAUAUAUUUUAUGAGCACAACAAAACCUGUUUGUAAUCUGGCCAAAAGAUACUCAAAAUAAAAGAGCUCAUGCGGUCAUGUUUGCACUGUUUGUUUUUGUUUUAUGCAGGCGUGUCUUGAGGUCUGUUCGAUGUCAUUAUGCAUUUGUGCUGGCAAUAUGUUCAAGAAUUCAAUAGUCGGAAAUGUUCUGGCUGUCACGUCAAAAUAAAUGCU